CACCCCUCCAGCCCCCGCGACGGCAAAAACGUCAGCAUCGCGCGCGCCGAGGCCGCACUCAUGACAGCGCUGCACAUGGACGGCGUGCUGGCACACACGCUGGCCCCCCAACUCAAACCCUUCCGGCACACCAAGACCAAAACCUUCGACCUGGCCGACAUGCGGCGGCACGGCGUGGUGGAGCGCGAUGUGUCGUUCACGCGGCUCGACUUUCGGCACGGCGACAACUACACGUUCCAGCCGGCCAUGUUUGACACCAUGCUG